UACUAAGUAAAAACAGUAAAAAGUAAAAACAUUCAAAAAUUUUUUAUUUGCGUCAUUGGCGAUUCGGCAUUUCGGCCAGAGUUGAGAUUUCCUGACUCUUUAGCUCUCGAGUCCUAGAGUAUCGAUUAGCGACUUUCGUUUCUCAGUUAAAAAAUCCAAUUUCAAUUGUUAUUCGGCAAUCGGCAUUCGCUUAUUCAUCAAUUAAUAUAUCAAUUGAACCGUGAUGGCAUGAUAUGAUCAUCGAAAGUUUAAUUGUUAAUUUCAAUACAUACUACAUUAUUUUCUUCUUUAUAGCUAUUACACAAUACACAUUAACGCGGAAUUUAAUAUAGAUUUCCUGUUUCUUAAUUUGAGUACUUCAAAAAUGGAUCAACCAUCAAAGGAUACUUCAGAUAUAGUGCCUCGAAAAUAUCAACUUGAGCUUUUAGAGGAUGUUAAAAAAUCUAACACAAUUUUAUACCUACCAACUGGAAGUGGCAAAACAUAUAUAGCUACAAUGCUUGUUAAAAAUUUGGGAGACUGUUUAACUAAACCAAUAGGUCAUGGAAGAAAAUGGACAUUUUUUAUUGUCCAAUCUGUACCACUUGUUGCUCAGCAAGCAAAUAACUUAAGAAGGCAUUUACCAUGGAGUAUCGGAACAUUUAGUGGGGAUAUGAAUGUUGACUUUUGGUCUCAGAAGCAUUGGGAUGAAAUAUUAGAAAAAUGCCAUAUUUUGGUUAUGACUGCUCAAAUUUAUUUAAACAAUUUGCAUCAUGGUUAUAUGCAUAUAAAAGAUGCUAAUCUUCUUAUUUUUGAUGAAUGUCAUCAUGCUGUAGCGUUACAUCCAUUUAAACAAAUAAUGCAAGUACUUCACGAUUCCAAUUUAAACAUUGAUGAACGUCCUCAUAUUCUUGGACUAACUGCUACUUUGAUUAACUCAAAUACCAAAAAUGUCAAAGAUGAAUUAACCAAAUUGCAAAAUACAUUUAACGCUACUAUAAAGACUAAAUAUGAUGAAAAUAUUCAAAUUUUUUCAGCACGUCCAGAAGAAUUUAUAAGUUUAUAUGAUGAGUUUAUUUUGGAUGAUGAAAUGGUAGCUGUUACUCAAAGAAUAUCAAAAAUUGUUGAUCAUCUGAAAAAAUUUCAGGCUCCUGCCAAAAUUGAACCAAUUAAAGAAAAUAAUGAAGUUUAUUAUUUGGAAAAUCAAAAACAGUCUUCGAAGAAUUUCGCUAAUUAUUUUCUUGAUAUAGAGGUAAAUCUAUCUGAUGGAGGACCAUAUAUUGCAUUUUUGGCAACUUGGCAUUUUUUAGUUGAAAUUGAAAAAAAAAGAAAAAUAUGUACUGAUUUGAAAAAUCACACUAUUAUGUCUAUGGUAUUAUCAGAAGUUACUAUAAUUCGAAAAUUGGUGUUUGACUAUAUGAAUAAACACUCAUCUAUUAACAACGGUCAUACAACUACAUUAAAUAAUGUAUCUCCAAAACUGAAAAAAUUAAUGGAAAUUUUAUCUACUAUAAAAGCCACUGAUACUUGUUUAGUAUUUGUUGAUCGCCGAACAACUGCUAAAAUUUUAUACCAUUAUAUCAAGGAUUUUAUCCAGGAAUAUAAUCAAGAAAAUAUUGUAUGCGAGUUUAUAGUUGGCGCAAGAGGAAUAAUAAGUCCUGAUAGCAAAGAAAUGGUGUAUAAAAAACAACAAAAUAAUGAUAUUAUUAAGAGAUUUAAUGAUAACAUAAUUAAUGUUCUUAUAACAUCAGAAGUACUAGAAGAAGGUGUUGAUAUUCAAACUUGCAAUUAUGUCAUUAGAUAUGAUUCUCCUAAAAAUUUUCCUUCUUAUGUACAAUCUAAAGGAAGAGCUCGUUCUGCUGAUAGUAAAUUUAUUAUUAUGGUGCCAAAUCAGUUGAAAUUUGAAAAAAUUCAAUCUGAUUAUAAUAAAAUGGAAGAAGAAAUUGUAAAAAUAUUGGUAGACAAUGAUAUUGAUGAUGAAAAUAAUGACGAAAAUAUGACAGAAGUUUUUAAAACUAAACAUGCUAUAUUAACUCAUGAUGUUGCUAUAAGUAUUGUUAAUAGGUACUGUUUUUCUUUACCUCAAGAUAGAUUCACAGAUUUGAGUCCAGAAUGGUAUAUUGCUCAGAAUAAUAAUAAGUUUAAAAAGUACAAACUAAAACUGCCAAUUAAUAGUGUUAUUAAAACUCCCAUUGAUGGAAUAUUUUGUGCAAGUAAAAAAAAUGCUAAAAAAAGUGCAGCAUUUAAUGCAUGUAUUGAAUUGUAUAAAGUUGGAGCAUUAGAUGAAUACCUGUUACCUAUAAGUAUUAAAAAUAAUGCUGUAUUUAAUGAUUUAAAAUGGUUUCCACAUUGGGAUGAGAAAGAUAUUGAAGCAAGUAAUUAUAAACUAAAACCAGGAACUAAUAAAAUGAGAAGGAUGGUGCAUAUUGAAAGUCCAACACACUUACAUGGAUCUUAUCCACAAGUAACUAAACCAUCAUAUUUACAUAUUCUUCGUUGUGUUCCUGAUUAUAUCCAAUUAAAAGAAGAUAAAUACGAAACAUUUGAUAAACUAUUGAGGUCAAAUGAGGAAUUUGGAAUUUUAACAUCAAAUAAAUUACCAAAAGUAUCAAAUUUUCCUAUAUUUUUACCUUUUGGUAAUGUUAAUGUUAGCAUAAUAGUAAAUGUAGAAAUAAUGCAUCUUGACCAUACAAGUCAUAAGAAACUAGAAGAUUUUCAUAACAAAUUAUUUCUGGAUGUUUUGGGCGUAAAAGAUUUUAUUGUAAGAAGCUAUGAUAAUGGAGAUAAUUCAUAUUUAGUAGUUCCUAUUUCUUCUACAGAUAAUAAAUGUAAUGUGGAUUGGAAUGUUAUCAAUAUAAACAAAUUUGUAGAAACAGAAGAACCUACUAUGGAACAAAGAAAAACUAAAUUUUAUGAAGAAUAUCUUAAAAUUCCUAAUGUAAUUUCACCAUGGUACAGAAACAUAGUACCAAUACAAAGAUAUAUUGUUACUGAUGUUUACUUGGAUAUGACACCUGAAAGUUCUUUUCCAACUUCUGAAUAUGAUACAUAUGAAACAUACUUUAGUGACAAGUAUAGCAUUAAUGUUACUCAUAAAGAUCAACCUAUGAUAAAAGUAAAAUCAUUGGGUGUAUCAAAACUUAAUUAUUUGAUUCCCAGAUUUAUUAUUGGAAAACCUGAUAAACGAAGUGAAUACAUAGAAAUACUUAUACCAGAAUUUUGUACUUGGCAUAAAUUUCCAUCAGUUUAUUGGUUGAAAGCUUUAAUGCUGCCUACUAUAUUAUAUCGAUUAGAUAAAUUACUAUUGGCUGAAGAUCUUCUUGUAAAAAUUAAUUCUAUGUGUAACAUUGAAGUAAAAGACGAUAUAAACACAGAAGAUGCUGUAAAGAUUGAUGAUUUCAGUGGUUUUCACGAAGACAAAAAGAAAAAUAUUAUAUUGCCAAUUAGUGAAACAUUAAAAUACUUAGAAAACUCUCAUGACAAUAAUAUGGCGAAUGAAUGGAAUUCAAAGAGUUUACCUAUUGAUAUUGAAAGGCAAAGAAAUACAACAAUGUUGGAUCUUCUAAGUUAUCAUACAUUUAUGUAUGCUAUAAAUAAAUCCAAGAAUAACGAUAAUAAUGAUGAUCAAAAAACAGAUUCAUCUAGUUUAAAUGAGUUAAACUCAAAAUCAAAAUUCAAUUCACCAAAUGGAAAAUCAGAUGAUAGAACGGAGUGCAAAAAACGUAGAUAUGCAUCAUAUGAUAAGGAACAUCUUGAAGAAAUCAAUAAAUUUAUGAUACAAUCAAUACCAGAGCCAAUUAUUUUGAAAAAAUUAGAUGAACUCAACAUCUAUUAUAACUUUAUGGAAAUGAAAGAUAUACUAAAAAAUGUGUUGACUGAGAUGAACACAUUAAAUUUAACAAACAAUACAUCGCCUACAUUGGGUCCAUUAUCCAAAGAAGUUUCAACAAAAAAUAUCGGGCCUAGACAAAGUGAUAUUUUAAAAGCAAUAACACCACCAUUUGCUAAUGAUAUGUUUAACUAUGAGCGCAUGGAAACAUACGGCGAUAGUUUCCUAAAAUUUGCUGUAUCAUUGGUAUUAUUUGAUGCAUUUCCAUCAGAUAAUGAAGGAGUUCUUACUGAAUUAAAGAUGAAAAUAGUUGGAAAUCGAAAUUUGUUCUAUGUUGGCAGGAAUUUAAAUCUUGGAUCUUAUUUAACGGUAAAUGUUUUUGACCCAAACAUGGAUUGGAUACCUCCAUGCUUUGGUGUUCCUCAAACAUUAAAGGAAAUCAUUGAGAAGGGUGAUCUUCAAUCAGAUGUACUUCAUCAGAUAAAUAUUCCUAAAGACAAUCAAAUUAUUGGUAUAUUAUCAGAUAACACUUGGAAAGAAAUUGAAAAAGAAAUUAUAAAAUUUAAGGAAUUGUCUGAUAUAACAAUGUCAGAUAGCGAUGGUGAAGAAGAUAUACCACAAGUCGGCCAUUCACAAUCUGAUCUAUUUAUAUACAAACAAUCAGUUUCAGAUAAAAUGGUUGCUGACUGUGUAGAAUCAUUGAUUGGUACAUAUGUAUAUAAACGUGGAGUUGAAGUAGGUUUUAAGGUUCUCCAAGGUCUGGGUAUAAUACCAAAACAAUUCACUGAUGCAUUCAAAUCUAAACCAAUUGAAAAUAUCUACAAUGAUUUAAAUUUUUCCAAAGUUUUGCCUGGAUAUGAAUUACUUGAACGAAGAAUUGGCUACUCAUUU